AUGUCAUCGAACGAUCGCAACAUGUGGCCGACUGGCCCAGCAGGCCCCAUACCCGGUACUGCCGAGUACCUCAAUUGUCUUGUCGACAGCACCGGGAAGUGCAAAUGUCUUUCCAGUCGCCCGAAGGCAGGGGAUGACCCCAAGCUACCGAGAUUUUUGAGCUUCUUCACAGAGAUGGCUGUACAGGAAGCACGGGAAUAUAGCCUCGUGCCUGAACACCCGAUGUUUGAGCGAGAGAUAAAUGCUUCUGAGACAGGACCAUUUCGGCCUCCCAUGAGCCGGUUGGACACCAGAAACAUAUGCAUGGACUGCUACAAGAAAGCAGCCCCCGAGGGCUUCACAACAUGGUCGCUUUCAUACGAAAAGCGAACUUUUCAAUAUGGUACAUUUCCACCUCAAAUUACAGCUGGAAGCCCCAUCGAUGCCGACAGUUACUUGGGCGAAAGAUCGAUAAACUUCCCAUCCUUCGAUGCUCGGGUGAUCUUCAGAAAAAUGGCCCAUGACGGGCGCCCUAUCUAUAUCGACCGUCUACAUGGAGAGACGAAGUGGAUUCCAAACCUUACUGACAAGGUCGAGAGGGAAAGGCAAAAUGCGGCAAUCAACAGAGAAAACGGUGCAGCUUACAUGAGUGCUACGAGAAUCUACAGAGCUGACGGGGACUUUGGUGCCGGGCAAAACACUACGGCAGAGCAUCGAGUUGGCUACGGGCGGCUGGCAGUGGUGAGACCUGACUGGCGUCUUGCAAUGCCGAGGGAAGACUCACCCCAGAAAACCCCCUCGAUCCCUGCUACGGAGAUGGGGGAACCUUCCGAGGACGAAGAAGAAGCUAGCCAGCAGAUUACUGCUUCCAGACCUAUCCGACGCGAUAUCCCCCGCGAGUGGCUUCCUCCCGGUCCGUACGCGGUUUACACGUACUACAUGGAAAAUGCUCAUGGACAAUGGCCUGAGAAGCCGCCAGUCAGGCGACUCUCGAUAUCUCGCGUUGACAAAAUCGAGACAGAUAUGACUGGACUUAUCAAUCCAACCGCGCCGAGUCAAGAAGAAUUAGCGCGCUUUGCCAGAGAGAAGGAAUCAAGGAAACGAUGGGACGAAAGGGAAAAGUAUCUCAGUCGUCAUGACCGCAUCCGGAUCGGCGAUGCUUUGCUAAUAGCCCACGGUUAUCCCAAAGACAAGAUCCCCAACAUUCCAACCGAGGCCUACGAAGACAUUGUGCGCAUCUCGGAUGACGAUGACCGAGGUCCAGGCGUCUGGGAGUUGCGUGACUCUUUCACAGGAACAGGUACGCCAGGUGGUUUCUUUUACGAAAACAUCAGCAGACAAGAUCUAGUGAAACAUUACUAUCCUUCUCGGAGCCCAGGCUUAGGCUUGUCGAGUCCACCUACAAGGACUUUCCAAGUAAGCGAUGAGGAGGUUUACCUGCAGUAUGGCGAUUGGAGUGAGGAUGCUAGGUUCAAAAUAAACGUGUACUCUAUCGAAAUCACGAGACCUCAGAAGGAUGAGACUGAUGAAAGUGGGAUUUGA